GGCUAAGCGGCUAAGAAGCGCCUUCGAUGACAUUUCACUGACAAACACAACAAAACAGUCUACAUGGCCAGCGUUCUGCUGAGUUAGUGUCCGGUCCGAGUGUGAGGAAGGCCGGCGGGGCCGUGGAGCACUAGAGAGGGAGAAAUGGCUGUGCAGAACAGAAACUCUGUGCUGAUCCUGUCGGGUCGAGAGCGAGGAGCUCGUAUUCUGGGCUCUCAGCGGCUCCUGCAGCAGCUGGUGGAAGACCGAACACGCUGGAUGAAAUGGCAGAGCCAGAAAGUAGAGUUGCCAGAUAAUCCACGAUCAACCUUCCUGUUGGCCUUCAGUCCAGAUAGGAAUCUUGUGGCCUCAACACACGUCAACCAUAACAUCUACAUCACAGAUGUGAAAACAGGAAAGUGCCUGCACUCUUUAGUGGGCCAUCGACGCACGCCUUGGUGUGUGACCUUUCACCCAACCAUCUCUGGCCUGGUUGCCUCUGGGUGCCUUGAUGGAGAAGUUCGCAUUUGGGACUUGCAUGGUGGUAGUGAGAGCUGGUUCACCGAGAGCAAUGUUGCCAUCGCUUCUCUAGCGUUUCACCCCACGGCUCAGCUCCUCCUCAUCGCCACAAACAAUGAGCUUCACUUCUGGGACUGGAGCCGACCAGAGCCUUUUGCUGUAGUCAAGACGGCCAGUGAAACCGAGCGUGUCCGGUUGGUGAGGUUUGAUCCUCUUGGUCAUAAUUUAUUGACUGCUAUUGUGAACCCAUCAAACCAGCAGAAUGAAGAUGACUCUGAGGUCCCCAUGGAUAGUAUGGAGAUGGCUUUGUUUCGGCAACGUUCUCUUUUACGCUCUCCGCCUGUACGUCGCACACCAAUCCUGCACAAUUUUCUUCACAUCUUGUCCUCUCGCUCUUCAGGGGCACAGGCUAAUGAUCAGUCCCGCCCUGCGCCAGAGCCCCGGGAGCCUCCCAGCGUACCGCGGUUCCAGUACCCGGUGCGGACAGAACCGUCUGACCGCCCUGCCUUACAGGGCUGCACGCAGCAUUUGGGUCUGGGCUGCCUGUGCAGUCGCUGUGCCGCCUCACGGAAUUUAUUCACACAGAAUCCGACAGGCCUCCAGCCUUCAGAUUCGACACAACCACAGACUCAGUCCGGUCCCUCUGCCUUCUCACCCGCUCCUAGUCAGACCCGCACCUCGGACCGACCUUCUGCUUUUAGCAGUGUGUUUAGCGGGACUGCAGGGAACUCAGCACACCGGGGUCUUCUGCCUCUUAGGACUAUUGAUCCCUUGGGAUCACAGGUACCCGGCCACCUUGAGGGCCCUGGACGUCUCCCAGGGGCUGAUUGGUCAGGUAGUCUGCUGAGCACAGGACAUGAACAUGGGUUGGGUGCCAUUGGGGUAGAAACUAGCAGUGGAAGGGGUAUAGUUCCCCCUCCUAGGACGAGCUCCUCUUCUAUGGAUCUUCUUUCUUUGCGCAGGUUUCCAGAUAGUUCAUCUUCAUCACCCAUAUACACAUCUGCAACAGAAGGCCGGGGUCUUGUGCUCCCUGGCACGGAGCUCAACCAGGGACGACCCAAUGAUGGAACAAGUAGUGGUCACCACCCUUUUUAUGACAACACCCAACGCAACAACCCCGCUUCCAUACGGAACGUCCUCCAAUGCAACCUGAGCCGUUACUUCAUGGAAUAUGAACGCAUGCAGGAACUGGAGCGACCUGGUGGUAGUCGAGAGGUGGCGGGUGCACCGGGACCCAUGCAGGAGCUACUCAACAGUAGCAUGGACACAGAACGGCCCGGGCCCUCACAUAACGGCUCUUCCCACACUGGAAAUGGAGGCGCGGUUGCUAGCCCCUCUCAAAACCACCCUAAUCGCUGCCGUUCGUGCCACAACCUCCUCACCUUCAACCACGACACCCAGCGCUGGGAACGUUCUGGUCAGACCUCUUCUUCCUCUUCCUCUCAAGAAGGACCAUCCUGGCCGCUUUCAGUGCCUCCGUUUGAGGAUCCGGGUCAGAGUGCACGAGUGGAGGCACAGGCCCCUGAGAUGAGGCCCAUGGAGUUGGGCGAGGCCUCUUCUGGUCUGCAGGGCCAACAGCCUAUGGGUCUGGUGUACAAUCAGGAAACAGGGCAGUGGGAAAGCGUGUACCGGCAACCAACAGUCAGUGCUUCGUCUGAAGCAGCAGAAGACGCCUUAAACCCAGAGGUGCCUGUUGAUAAUCCAGAUGAGGACUCACUCAGAAGGAGGUUACUGGAAUCAUCACUGUUUCCAUUCUCUCGGUAUGAUAUGUCUGGCUCCAGAGAUCAUCCCAUAUACCCUGAUCCUGCCAGGCUGUCUCCGGCUGCUUAUUAUGCUCAAAGGAUGAUCCAGUAUUUGUCUCGGAGAGAAAGCAUACGCCAGCGUUCCCUGCAGAAUCGCCUGCGGACGCUCUCAAACUCUCAAGCCGACAGCCAGUCCAACAACCCUUCCUCCAUGCCACCAGAGGCCAGUGAUGGAGACUAUGAGGACAUUGAGGAGCCUGGAGACAGGACAAGACACCGAAUGCCCCGCAACGCCCGAAUGUCAGCCCCUUCUCUUGGACGCUUCGUCCCACGGAGGUUCCUGUUACCAGAGUACUUGCCUUAUGCUGGACUCUUUCACGAAAGGGGUCAGUCAGGCCUGGCCACUCACUCUUCUAUCAACAGAGUAUUAGCAGGUGCAUCUAUAGGUGACGGACAGUCAGCUGUGGCCAGCAACAUUGCCAACACCACUUACAGACUGCAAUGGUGGGAUUUCACCAAGUUUGAUCUUCCAGAGAUCAGCAAUGCCACUGUGAAUGUGCUGGUUCCUCAUUGUAAGAUCUACAACGACGCCAGCUGUGAUAUUUCAGCAGACGGGCAGCUUCUGGCUGUGUUUAUUCCUAGCAGCCAGCGGGGUUUCGCGGAUGAAGGCAUAUUAGCCGUCUACUCCCUCGCCCCCCAUAACCUGGGAGAAAUGCUCUACACCAAAAGAUUCGGUCCAAACGCAAUCUCAGUGAGCCUUUCCCCCAUGGGCUGCUAUGUGAUGGUAGGACUGGCCUCCAGACGGAUCCUGCUCCAUCCCACCACCGACCACAUGGUGGCGCAAGUGUUUCGUCUGCAGCAGCCACAUGGAGGAGAAACCUCUAUUAGAAUGAUGUUUAAUGUGGUCUACCCAAUGGCUCCAGAUCAGAGGAGACACGUCAGUAUUAACUCUGCCCGGUGGCUUCCAGAGCCAGGCAUGGGAUUGGCCUACGGGACCAAUAAAGGCGACCUGGUCAUUUGCAGGCCAGUUGAUUUCCGCAGCGAUGGAGACAAUCCGUCAGAUCUGAAUGCAGAUUCGUUGUUCACCAUCAACAGCAGCAGCCGAACCCGUGGAGUGGAGCGACCAGGGACAAGCAGGUCUGGCUGGCGGUUCGACCGAGAUAUGGGCCUAAUGAAUGCCAUUGGCCUGCAACCGCGUCAAGCCGCCCCUUCAGUGACCUCACAGGGGACACAGACUCCAGUGGUGCGACUCCAGAAUGCAGAAACACAAACGGAGAGAGAACUUCCUUCAGCCAGCACUUUCCAGAGCGCACACACCACAUCCAGACACACGGUUCAGACGGCCAGCACCAGCACUGAGAGACACACACACCCAGAGAUGACACACACACUGGUUCAGGCAUCAGUUUCAGAGGGAUCACUGAACCGGACCAACUUGCCCGCCACAUAUCAUGUGGAGUCAGCAGCUGAGCCCGGCACAGGAGAAGAUGCACUUUCUCGAAUCCGCCGCCUAAUGGCUGAAGGAGGAAUGACAGCCGUGGUCCAACGGGAACGCAGCACUACGAUGGCCUCUAUGGGCGGCUUUGGAAACAACAUAGUGGUCAGCCAUCGAAUUCACCGUGGCUCACAAACUUCAGUCAGAACAACUCAGGUUGGAAACCCGACCCCUGAAACGCCUGCAGGCCUCGGUGUCUCGACACUCUUUCACACCGAGCCCUUGGUAGACUCUCUAGAAGCUCCUGGGCCAUCAGGGUCCAGCGGUGCCCCGCUUCCAACACCGUUUACAAACCGCUCCGAGUUCGCAGGGGCGUCUCCUAUGGUGGAGUCAGACUUGUUUGGGGAUCGUCAACCUGAUGAUGUGCAACACCGCCCAUCUCGCGGUGGGUUGAACAUGUCCAAUCAUAGCAACAACAAUAACAAUAACCAUAGCAACAGCUACAGCGAAAGCCGGAGUCGAGAUUACCCUGAUGACCUGUAUGGCAGAUAGUCUCAAGUUUGGAUUCUCAGAGGCAAAAAUCUCAAGACUGGUCUGCAUGGUGCUGAAGCGGUUACAUUGACAGAGCAUAGCAUUUUGGGGGGAGGGCGGAGCUGCUGAAAUUCCCGCCUCAGAUGUGACUCCUCCCACUCUGGCCUUAUUUGGGAAUGAAUGAGUGCCAAGUUUUUCAUGGCGUCAUCUCCUUGAAUGGAGAAACGUCAGCCUCAACCUUUCUGUCAAAACUGAAUUCUCGCUUUGAGGAAGCAUCAUUAUUGCACUUGCGCGUUGCACUUAAGUUAUAAUUUUUCUUCUUUCAAGGUUGAGACAUUUCAUCAUUCCAUGCGAGAAAGGGCAUCAUACUUGAAUCCUUCCCGUGCUGCGGUACGGAAUUACACGGUUGUAGUUAAACACCCUUUCGAGCUCCAGGAAAAAUCAUCAGCCAAUCGAAGUGCCAGUUGAGGCUGAGGGGCGUGUUCCUAUCGGAUCCAAUGGGAUCCACUGUCUUCAGGACCGUUUCGGUUUGAGGAACUGUAAAGCAUUACGGACUCUUCUACGGUGUCACGAUACUGGAAUUCGGUACCAAUCAAUACUAAAAUUUUAAAAAGUCGAGUUGCCAUUAACAUUUGAGCCCGUACUGAAAUGGCGCUGAUUUGCCAUUGUGUUUACGUGCUUAACAGAAGCGAUUGUGAUUGGCUCUGAAGGUCAUCAGUUCACUGAACUCACCGCAGUUUACAUGAGUGUAAACACAGGUACAGGGACACUGGAGUCAUGUCGAUCAGCUGAUUUGUCUAUAACGCAUUUCAGCUGACAUUGAAAUGCUCCAGUGUCCAGUAAACAGCAGUGAGUUCGGUGAACUGAUGACCUUCACCGCCAAUCAUUUCUGUUGAGUACGUGAACACACCAUCAAAUAAGCGCUGUUUAAGAACGUGCUCAAAUGUUAGCAGGAAAUGAACGUUUUUAAAAUUUCAGUAUCGGCUGGUACCGAAUUCCAGUAUUGUGCAACCCUAGACUCUUCACAGCUUAACACUAACUCUCCACAUCAUCCUCUAACGGUUUUUGUGUUCAGAUAAUGCUUGAUGUGAUUGUUUUUAUUUUGUGUUGGAUAAUGUGACUUCCAGUGCUCGAGUCAUCCGAUUGAUCAGCGUCUAGAACAAAGUCUGCUUUUAAAGCUCUCAGACUGGAAAAUCGUGUGAGUGUGUCCCACUUCCCAAUUUUACGACGGUUUUAAUUUGUCUUUUGAAAAAACAAUACACUUUUGAAAGCAUGUCGUCUGUAAUUGUCCAUUGGUUAAAAAAAGCAGGAACCCUCAUGGUGGUUCGGCUCUCUCGCAUUUGCAUGCGUGUCCAAUUCCAGAGCUUUUAUAUGAGGCAGGCUAGCAUUGAAUGCAGAGGGCGGGGCUUACGCAGUUUAGCAUGUAGGCUGUUGAACACACAGUGGAUGUUUUGGUAUGCGGAGCAGAUUUUAUUGGCCUUUUAUAAAAGAAGAGUGCACCCAGCAAAGAAAAUUUGAGGUUAAUAGUUUCACCCGCAGGCCAUCCUUUAUGUCAGCGAUGUUCGGCAAAGCGCUGAGUCAUAAAACGCAGGUCAACUGUUACUUUCAAUUUCAGCGUAAAUUAAAAAACUAAAUUAGUACCCUUUGCUCUUGGUCGUAUAUUGAGGUCUUAUGAUGCAAAGGGAUUGAUCUGUACAAGGAAUUACACCAUUUAUUACAUUAUUAUUAUUUAAUGUUAAGUUUCAUGCACAGGCCAAUCAUUAUCUUUUCAAGACCCAAUGGAUCGACCCAUGUUUCAUUUUGUUUAGCCAUUUACUUGCAUUUUAUGGACCAACAAGUAGCAUGAUUUUAGCUAAAAAUGCUAAAAGGUUUUAAGGAAGAGGAAAGUUGCCUAUGUCUUGCUUUUCGAGUUUUUUUUGGGUGAGCUAUUCCUUAGUGUGUGUGUGUGUGUGUGUGUGUUAGGGUUGUCACGGUACUGGAAUUCAGUCCCAAUCGUUACUGAAAUUUUUUAAAUGUCCGUUUGCCGCUUACAUUUGAGCUUGUUCUUAAACACAGCUGAUUUGCUAUUGUGUUCACAUGCUCAACAGAAAUGACUGAUUAGCUCUGAAGGUCAUCAGUUCACCGAACUCACUGCUGUUUACUGAGUGUAACCACAGAUACAGGGACACUGGAGCGUUUUAAAGUCACAGCGAUCAGCUAGUUUGUCUAUAGGCUGACAUACAAGCGAUUCGCUGAUGAAUCGCGGCUUUAAAAUGCUCCAGUGUCCCUGUAUUUGUGAUUACAC